CGCGGCCGCGGAGGAGCCGAGCGCCCUGGAGGCCGCGCCGGGAACGAGCCGCGAGCCCGGGCGCCGCCACUAUGGACAUCCCGCCGCUGGCCGGCAAGAUCGCCGCUCUGUCGCUUGGCGCCCUCCCCUUGUCCUAUGCGCUCAACUACGUCUCGGCGCUCUCGCACCCCCUGGGGCUGGCAUUGAUGAGUGCCCUGAUCCUGGGCCUGCUUUUUGUGGCUAUCUACAAUUUGUCGCCCAGCGAGAUCUACCAUGACCCACUGUAUGCUGGCCGUGCCCCGCCCACUCUGCCCGCAGUGUUCGCUGUCUUCGCCUUCACCUCGGUGGUGGACCUCUUUAUUGCUCUCCAGGAAGAUGGCUACCCGGUGGGCUUCAUGGAGUUCUUUACCAAGGAGGGAGAGCCGUACUUGCGCACUGCACACGGAGUCUUCAUCUGCUACUGGGACGGCACGGUUCACUACCUCCUCUACCUGGCCAUGGCUGGUGCCAUCCGCAGAAGGAAGAGAUACCGGAACCUUGGACUGUACUGGCUGGGAUCUUUCAUCAUGAGCAUUCUGGUGUUCCUCCCGGGAAACAUCCUUGGUAAAUACAGCUCAGAGAUCAGACCCGCCUUCUUCCUUGCCAGCCCCUUUGUGCUCAUCCCAUGCUGGGCUGGCAUGAGGAUCUUCAACCAGUCCCGGGCACCAAUCUGCUGUAACCCCAAUAUGGUACAGGAGGAACAAAGAAAGGGCAUCCUGCGACGCCCAGUUGACCUGGCCCUUGUCAUGUACCUCAUCCUCGCCGGGUUCUUCACCCUCUUCCGGGGCCUGGUGGUGCUUGACUGCCCCACAGAUGCCUGCUUUGUCUACAUCUAUCAGUACGAGCCAUACCUACGGGACCCUGUGGCCUAUCCGAAGGUGCAGAUGCUGGUGAACAUGUUCUAUGUGCUGCCUUUCUAUGGCCUGGCUGCCUACGCCCUCAUCUUCCCCGGCUGCUCUUGGCUGCCUGACUGCGCCCUGGUGUUUGCUGGAGCUGUUGGCCAGGCACAGUUCUCGCACAUGGGUGCCUCCAUGCACGUGCGCACACCCUUCACCUAUCGUGUGCCUGAUGACGCCUGGGCCUGCUUCUUCGGGUGCAACCUGCUGUACGCGCUGGGUCCCCACCUGCUGGCCUUCCGCUGCCUGCGGUGGCCCGCCUUCUUCCUGCGCCCGCCCCCUGGUCCCCUGGCCCACCACAAGAAGGAGCACUGAGAGAGCUGGGGACAUCCCAGGACUCUGUUUCCACGCCCAGACAGCCCUGCUCUGGGAAGGGUGGCAGGAAGUACAUCUCCAGGUGUCUUUGGUCCUGGCUAUGGUGGUAUCAGGCCAACGCAUGGGAUGGCACACCCAGGGGCCAGGUGUUCCCUUGAGGGCCAGACAUGCUCAGCUGUCAUGGUACCCUAAUCCCACAAGGACUGUUCUACUCCAGAAUUUACCCAUCAUACCCCCAUGGAUCCUUUUAGUAAAAAAACCUUUUGAUGCCCAAAUAUUGCUGCUGCCUGAGUGUUUCAGGAUUCGGAGGUGAAGGACCUGCUUCUCAGACCCCAUGAGGGCCUACCCAUCACUGCCAGCAGGACCAUCAGGAGCUGGAGGUACUGGCUCGCAGAAGUCAGCCUCUGAUUGGUGUGCACAGCUCCAUCUUCCAGAUGGGGAAAACUGAGGCUCGGAGAGGUCCAAAGACCUGCCUGAGGUCACGAUCAGGAGAGAAACAUCCAAAAUCCAAGCUCUGACAAUAAAUUAUAAUAACUAAUGGCGUGGCACAGUAAUUAAGCACCUACCGUAUACAAUUACCAAGGGCCAAACUCAAGAGUUACAUGCUGGAUCUCACCCUAUAUUCCAGAUGGGGAAACUGAGCCUGUAGGCGGUAAAGGUCCUGGUCAGAGGUCAUCGCUCCUGAUGCAGCUGAGCUAAAGGACCCAGUGCCAGCCUAACCCAUUCAACUAUGGACUCUAUAACCCUGCCUCUGCUGUAUGGGUGGCUCGAAUUUUGGGGAAACUGAGGCCGAGGAGGCAGCCAAGGGGUUGGGGGAAAGGCGCAUUUUUUCCUGAUUUGAUUUUUGAGCUUGGGCGAAGGGCCAGGUUCAGAGGUGACUCAGGCCCA